AUAGUCAUCUCUAAACUGUAUGGAGUACAUAAACUGCACGAUCACUUAGUGUAUAUAUCGGAAGCAUGAAUAUCGUAAAAGCGCUUGCGCUUUUAAACAAAUAGUCAGUUCCACUCAGUUCCUAAAUGUGUGGCCGAAAUAUCAAGUCAGAAAGCAAUAGCAGUUCUGACAGUAAUUUUUUGACGUAACAUUUUUCUUAGUUCGUUAUAAAUAAGUAGUGAUUGUUUUAUUAGUUCGUAAGAAUAUUUUUCGAUGCAUCAAUAUAGAAAACCCAAUGAAACGUAAUAUUGUCAUAAACUAUUAAAUUCACGUAGAGGAGACAAAGAAACGUAGCGAUUAAGUUCCAUGCAACUUUAAAAUAAGUCAAAAUGAGUAAAAAACGGAAUCGACAGUCCGAUCCAAACGGAGAUCUUAGUGAUGGUUCGACUGAUUCAUGUGAUAAAUCCUUCGCUACAGCGACUAAAUGUCCACAUAUUGGGAAAGCAGUAAGUUUUAAUAAAAUCAAAAAAUAUAUUAUUAAAACAGGGAUGAGUAUAGAAUGUGCAACUUGUAAAAAAAAUACAAGUAAUUCUAUCAAAUCUAAGGAAGAGGAAUGUGCAAUAAGUUCAGGAAUAUUAAUAUGCUUGCAAUGUGGACAUCAAGGUUGUGGAAAAGAACAAUGUGGACAUGCUUUAGAACAUUAUAAAACACCACAUAGCGAUUGUCAUUCCUUAGCUGUAGAAACUGUUCAUUGGAAUCUUUGGUGUUUUGAAUGCGAGAUAGAAGUUAAUAUUGGUUGCAGAAAAAAACUUCAAGAAACUAUAGACUUUGUAAAAAGGGCUGCUACAGCAAUGAAUAGUCCCUCUCAAAAUAAAGUGAUACAAAACCAACUUCAAAAAGAGACUGUUAAUGUAGAUAAAAAUCAAAAAGAACAAAUUUUAUACAAUCUUCCUAAAGUAGGGGGUUUAAUGAAUUUGGGAAACACUUGUUUUUUCAAUGCAGUUUUACAAUGUUUAGCACAAACACCUUUCUUAGUGAAGGUUCUCGAGGAUCUACGUCUUCCUGGACAGAAAUUUGUUUUACCAGGAGGAAAGCACAAACCUGCCAAUAGUUCAGAAGAAAUUGAAUUGCCUCCAAUAGAAGGUACUUUAGAAGGCUGGCAAAAUUGUAGUUUUACUUCAAUUUUGUGUAAGACACUUACUGAAAUGCAAAACUCUGAUGGACGUCAAGCAUAUCGUCCCUCGGAGCUAUUAAAUUCAUUUAAGAAGAAAACAAUGCAGUGCAUGGAUGGAGGGCAACAUGAUUCACACGAACUUCUUAGACAUCUUUUAGAAAUAGUUCGAAAUGAAGAUCUUAGGAGAUAUCAAAGCAUAAUUUUAAAAGAAGUUGGUUUGAAUGAAAAAACCAACCCAGAGGGAGUUGAAGACAGUCUUAAAUCACGUGUAAAAUUUUACGGAAAUCAGGCUAGCGCAAGGUUACUUGGCCCAGAACUGGUUUUUCGUGGAGUUUUAGUUUCCACAGUAGAGUGUCUUGAUUGUCAUCACACUUCACAAAGUAUGGAACCUUUUCUUGAUUUAAGUUUACCAGUAAUGGCUGAUAAACCACAACCACCCGUUUUAAAAAGGAAGAAUAGUGGUUUUGAAGAUUCUUUCAACGUAAUUUCGCAUUCACCUUCUAAAUGUCAACCAAGAAAGGAGACGCCUGUCCGGAAAAAUCGGAAGAAUAGAAAGCAAAAUAUUAUAAAUAUUUACGAAAAGUUCACAUUUGACAAUAAUAUUGCUGAAGAAAACAAUGGUAGUAUACUUGAAUCAGAAAAGGGUGAUGCGGAUGUAGAAGAUAACAUAGAAGCAGAGGGUCUUCCAGAAGUAGCUGAAUCAGGUUGUAGUUCAGAAAAGCAGUCUGCAUUGGCAAGUCCUGCUUCUCCAUCGACUGAUGUAAUGAAAUCAAAUGAAAAUAUGAAUGAGCUACCAUUAAAUAAUGGUUUGCAAAUGACUCCAACAAAUAAUUUGAAUUUACUACAACUCCAAGAUAAUUUUAGUACAAAAACAUUACCUGGUUCAAGUCCAACGAAUGCAUGCGUGGUAAAUUCAUCACAACCAAAAGUUUCGGAUGGAUUAGACAGCUCUGAAAGUGUAGAAAAUGAAAGUGAAGUCCAAACUGGAUUCUCUCUUUCUACUUCUUUAGCAGUAAAUUCAAAUUUAACGAGUCCAGAAGUAUCAACGAUUAGUCCUAGUUCAAUUUCAUCUGAAGAAAGUCCAAAUAGUCCUAUUUCUGGUGGUAUAAAUGGAGAAAAUGGAGUAAUUAAUGAAAGGCCAGUAUCCAAGCUUGAUCAGACCGUAACAAAAGAAGCUUGGGAUGAAUGGCCAGCAAGAAGAAAAAUAGAAGAAUACUCAAAUGAGGUUAACAAUACAUUUGAUGGGCUCAUUUCUGAAAUUUCAAAAAUAAUUAUCAGUUCUAACAGUCAGCAAUCGCCUAUUAAAUAUCCAACUAAAGAAGGAGAAUGUUUAAUACAAUCGUGCUUAAAACAAUUUGCGGCUUUAGAAUUGAUGAGUGGUAGUAAUAAAGUUGGUUGCGAGGCUUGUACUGCCAGGGAAAAAAAGGUAAAAGGAGAUUGUAAGAUGGUAUGUACUCCAAGUACAAAACAGUACCUAAUUUCUCGAGUACCUGCAGUUUUGAUUCUACACUUAAAACGUUUUCAAGCACAACGAAUUGAUUUUCGAAAAGUAACAAGACACGUUUCAUUUCCUACUUUACUCGAUCUAUCACCCAUUUGUAAAAAUCAUAAAAAACCUAGAAUUUAUGCACUCUACGGUGUCGUUGAACAUAGUGGAACUAUUCAUGGCGGACAUUAUGUUGCUUAUGUAAAGUCUCGGUUACCAUUAAAGCCAGAUGAUCCUCGGUGGUCAUUUUUACCGCCAAAGGAUCCGCAGGAUAUGCAAGAGAACUCAUACUCAUCAAGUUCUGAUUCUAAAACUGAAGAAACAACUUCAACCCUCCCAACUAUAAUCGAACCACCACCUGGAAAGUGGUACUAUGUCUCGGAUUCUAGAGUAUCAGAAGUCGAUGAAACGACUGUACUACAAAGCCAAGCUUACCUUCUCUUCUAUGAGAGAAUUUUUUGAAUGUUAUUUAUCAACAGCCGCUAAAAUAAAGCACGAGGAACUUGUAUUUUACAACAGUAAAAUGCUAAAUAGUGAAAGAGAUUUUAAAAUUCUAUAAACUUCAAUUAUUUGAACUGAUCGAAAUAUGAAGAUUCACUUGUGAAGCUAUGGACUUUAACAUAAAAUAUUGUAAUUGUGAGAUGUAUAGUUUGUUAAUGGUACUAAUUGGAACUUACAUUGAAAUUGUUUUUCAUUAUAUUUAAAAUUGUCAACAGAACAUUGUAUAGCAUUUUUAUGUGUUAUUUUAAACUGUAUUGUGAUCAUUAUUAUGAUCAUUAUUUUAAAAACAACUACAAAAUCUUUAUUUUAUGAAAUACUUAAAGCAUUUAUGUGAACCAUUGAUGAUAAUGAAUGCUGUUUGUACUUUGAUACUCACAUUUCACAAAAACUAUCAAAAUUUAUCACAUUAGUUAAAUAAAAGAUUUUACAUAACGAAAAAUAAAAUUUACAUUUAGAAUUUAUAAUUGAAGGUGAGCGUUUUUAUUUUGAAGCUAUAGUAAUGAACAAUUUAACUAUAAAGUUCAUAUUUCAUUGUAUUUUUUUUCUCAUUGUACAAUAUUUUUAAAAAUUAUUUAUUAUCAUUUUUUUUUAAAAUAGUUCAAAUGCAUGUAUAAAGUGAAAAAACAGCAAUCAUUACUAUAACAUUACUAAUAAAAGGAUUAAAGACAAUUGUAAAUCCGAAUGAACAACAGUAGAUUUCGGCUAUUGGUAUUGAUUGAAACGAAUAAAUCAGAACCGUACACACCGAA